UUUCUCCAAAUAAAAAGACACUCUUUUGUUCAAAUGGUAUAAAUAGAAGAUGCUCUCGGUGAAGAUGUCAUAUUCAUAUGAGCAGCUCUUUGUCAAGCCCAACUAUCUCUCUUGGCUCAAAAAUAUUCUAAUCGGCAUCUCAGUUUUGACCUUUUCUACCGUCGUCUUCUUUGCGCUACACACAUCGCCUCACCUCCCGUUUCGACCAAACAAUAUUCAGAAUUCAUGGGUUCCAUCAGACCCACCAUCAUGGCCGCCGCAGCCAGCUGAGAGUAGUCGAUACACCGACAGGCUCGCCAAUUACAAACCUGAACACCCCAACUUCAGCGAGGUACAGCCCAUAGAAACCAAGCGCCUCGCCGUAUUGCUACCAACCUUUGAUGGACAUUUCCCCCAAGUCCUUCACUAUUUCCAAUCCGUCAAGUGUCUAUGCGUCGAUCAUGACAAAGUGGACUGGCACAUCAUCGUAUCCAACACUGCCGAAGUCGAAGGCCUUACCCAGCUACUUUCGACCCUCGAACCCUGCAACCAAACAUUCAGUCGGUGGAAAACCCCAAAGGACAACGUUCCUGGAAAGAAUCCCAGUUUCAGUAUCGUGAACCUAUACGACAUCCUCCCAGCCAGACUCCGAACGGACCUUACCCCCGAAGACACCAGCGCUUUGUUGAAAAAGUUUGAUAAAUACGCUUAUCAAUCGCUCAAAAAGAUGUCUGCGGCGGAUCAUUUUGACUACGACUUCGCAAUGUGGCUUGAUUCCGAGGCGAUAUUCGUUGCGCCUGGCGAAAUCAGAGACAUCUUUGAGGGGCAUAUGCGGAACCCCAUCGUCUGGCGAUCCAGAAUGUCUUUUCAAGACCGCGAGAAGUUUUUGAUGAGCAAAGCAGCAGCCACUCUGGGGCGGUCUAUUAAUUCUUUUGGUGAUCAGCUUUGGUUGCUGGAAUCUCUCCAGUGGAUCAUCGAAAAGCCUAUAUGGAAUGACAUGGUCUCGUCCGUUGAGAUGGCUCACGGUGGGAACUUUUGGGAUAUUUGGAUUGAGAACUCUUACCCUUUUGAACUGUUGGUGUAUUACCUGCACAUCAUCGCACGCAAGAUGGAAACAGUCAAUUCGAUAUUUUCGAAUUAUCGCAUUCUGGAAACAGAGCGUGAGCUUAUUCGUUUUGGACUAGCAGAGUCUAUCUCGGCCAUGGAGGGUAGAAGAGGAACAGGGUUUAUGGAAAGGCUACCUCAUCUCAUCACGAAACCGCAUUCAGUUUUAGCACCGAAUUUGGUGGCAUUCUGUCGAAGCUAUUCUCUUCGUGCGUUGCGAAUGGAUAACAUGGACAACUUUGAAGAUAGUGCCCUAGACAGGUUUCUGAUCGAUGGAGACAUCAAGAUGUUGGUGUCAGGAGCCCCAGAUAUUCACAAGUGGUGGGAUGAUCGGAUAAAGAAUGGCGAUGCUAUCAAUAACACAGAGGCUAAUUAUAUUUAAUUAAGAGGCAGUCUAAUAAUUAAAGAUCUUUUAGUCCUAUUCUAUAUAAAAUUAAAU